AUGUCGUCCCCUUCGCCCUCUCUGCGGAAGAGAGGCGGAAAGAAGGAGACUUACACCGCAUUGCCUUCAGAUGAUGGCUCAGUGACUCCCGUGUCGGCGCCGGUCAAGCAGAAGUCGGAAUGGGACUAUUGGCUGGCCAUAGUUAUUCUCACCGUCCUAGCUUUCGCGACACGAUUCUACCGCAUCGAUUACCCCAACGAGGUCGUUUUCGAUGAGGUCCAUUUCGGCAAGUUCGCUUCUUACUACCUUCAACGUACCUAUUUCUUCGAUGUGCACCCGCCUUUUGGAAAGCUACUCUUUGCCCUCAUGGGCUGGCUCAUCGGCUUCGAUGGAAGUUUCCUGUUCGAAAACAUCGGCGACUCUUACAUCGAGAACAAUGUGCCGUACUUAGCCCUCCGUGCUAUGCCGGCUACACUUGGUGCCCUGACCAUUCCCGUGGUGUUCCUCAUCAUGUGGGAGUCUGGCUAUUCUCUACCAGCCUGUGUGUUGUCCGCCGGUUUAAUGGUGUUUGAUAACGCCCACGUGGGUGAGGACCGACUGAUCCUCUUGGACUCCACCCUCGUGCUGUCAAUGGCGCUGAGUAUCUUAUGCUACGUCCGAUUCUACAAGUUGCGUCACCAACCCUUUGGCCGAAAGUGGUGGAAGUGGCUCCUCUUGACCGGUUUCUGCAUGAGCUGUGUCAUCUCCACCAAGUACGUCGGUUUCUUCACUUUCGUGACCAUCGGCGCCGCCGUCCUCAUUGACCUGUGGAACCUCCUGGACAUCAACCGCGAGCAGGGAGCUCUCAGCAUGGUUAACUGGGCUAAGCACUUUAUGGCUCGCGCUGUGGGAUUGGUCAUCAUCCCCUUCAUGUUCUACCUGUUCUGGUUCCAGGUCCACUUCACUAUUCUCAAUCGGUCUGGCCCCGGUGACGACUUCAUGACUCCUGAGUUCCAGGAGACUCUGAGUGACAACCAGAUGACCGCGCAGUCCGUUGGCAUCCAAUACUUCGAUGCCAUUACCAUGCGCCACAAGGACACCAAGGUCUUCCUCCACAGCCAUUGGGACAAAUACCCCCUGCGUUAUGAUGAUGGCCGUAUUUCCAGCCAGGGCCAGCAGGUCACUGGAUACCCUCACAAUGACACCAACAACCAGUGGCAGAUCUUGCCCGGCCAGCCUUUGGCCGAUCCAUCCCAGCCCCAGGGCGUGCGGAACGGCGAUAUUGUUCAACUCCGCCAUAUCGGGACCGAUAGUUAUCUCUUGACCCAUGAUGUUGCAUCUCCAUUCUUCCCAACCAACCAGGAGUUCACCACGGUCUCUCAAGAACUGGCUGAUGGCGAGCGCCACAACGAGACUUUGUUCGAGCUCAAGAUCGAGUCCGGCAAGGCUGGUCAGGACUUCCGAACUCUUGCUAGUCUGUUCAAGCUGGUUCACGUCCCAACUCGGGUCGCUAUGUGGACGCACACUACUCCACUGCCUGAGUGGGGUUACAAGCAGGCUGAGAUCAACGGUAACAAGAACAUUCUCCAGGCCAGUAACGCUUGGUACGUUGAGACUAUCGAAAACCUCGAGGAGGACAGCCCACGUCUGGUCAAGGAGGAGCGCAAGGUCAAGACUCUGCCUUUCCUGCGCAAGUACUUUGAGCUGCAGGGUGCCAUGUUCCACCACAACAACGCUCUGACCAGCAGCCAUCCCUAUGCCACCGAGCCCUUCCAGUGGCCGUUCCUGCUGCGCGGUGUCAGCUUCUGGACCAAGAACGACACUCGUGAGCAGAUCUACUUCCUGGGUAACCCCAUUGGAUGGUGGAUUGCCAGCAGUAUUCUGGCAGUAUUCGCCGGUAUUGUUGGUGCUGACCAGCUCUCGCUUCGUCGCGGUGUUGAUGCAUUGGAAGAAAUCUGGGGCCCCGGUACCCGCUCACGUCUGUAUAAUAGCACUGGUUUCUUGUUCCUGUGCUGGGCUGCGCACUACUUCCCCUUCUGGUUGAUGGGUCGUCAGCGUUUCCUUCAUCACUACCUACCCUCGCACCUGGCCUCCACCUUGGUGUGUGGCGCGCUGGUUGAGUUCAUUUUCAACCUGCAGCCGCUCGACCCCCGCACUGCACUUCCCCACGUUGAUGACCCCUCCGGCAAGUCCAAGGCCCGAUCGGUCAGCAGCCUGCGUCGUUUCGUCACGGCAAAGGAGCGCAUGGGCUGCAAGUCCCUCAUUGCAUGCUGGAUUGCCACUCUUGUCAUCCUGGGCGCCACCAUCUGGGGCUUCAUCUUCUACGCGCCUCUGACCUACGGUACCCCCGGUCUUGAUGUGGCGGGCGUCAAUGCCCGCAAGUGGCUCAACUACGACCUGCACUUUGCCAAAUAA